AUGCUUGGGGCCGUGGCUCUGCAACCAUUACCACCUGUGGCCCCGUCGCUUCCGAACGGAAGCCACGCCGGCUUUGUUCUUGGUGAAAUACCUGCUACCGUUUUCAUUACCACCAGCUUCGCUUCACACCGCGACUCGCAAGGCCUCUCUCUGAUUCCCCCAUCUGGUCAGGAAUUCGCAGAGACAUUUAUCCAAGACCUGGGCAGUAGUACGGGAAAGCAGUGGAAGCUCCAAGUUGUCCAUGAUUUCCCCAGCAAUGUCUCUGGCAUCUUCCUAGGUCAAUACCAGGGCGACCCCGACACCUUCUUGUACGAGGAUGGUGUGCCCUCAGAGGAAGGCUAUGUCCUCGCGGCUGGCAAUGGCAGGGUGACUAUCCACGGCUCUGGCGCCCGGGGGAUGUGGUGGGGAACGAGGACACUGCUUCAGCAGCUCAUGAUAUCGAACUGGUCCUCGUUGCGGGCCAUGCAGGUUACAGACACCCCGGCCUACGAGACCCGUGGUUUUAUGCUGGACGCGGGCCGUAAAUGGUACUCCAAAGCCUUCCUCAAGGAACUCUGCACAUGGUACGUACACGCUUCUUUUUUCAAGAUGAACGAAUUUCACUACCACACCUCCGAUAAUUACCCUCUGAACCGUGGCCACAAUGAGACUUGGAACAACGUCUACGCCCAAUUUUCACUACACCCGGAGAGUCAAGACUUGCAAGGGCUCGUGCAACGUCCAAGCCAAACUCUGAGCCGAGCCGAGUUUGAAGAACUGCAGGAGCAUUGUGCUCGUAGAGGUAUCACCAUCAUACCGGAGAUCGAGGCGCCAAGUCACUGCCUCAGCAUCACGAAAUGGAGACCAGAGCUGGCCCUCGACAAGAAAGAUCUGCUCAACCUGACGCACCCCGACGCCAUCCCGACGGUGAAGCGCAUCUGGGAAGAUUUCCUCCCCUGGUUCCAGACCAAAGAGGUCCAUAUUGGUGCUGAUGAAUACGACUCGACCCUUGCGGAUGACUACAUCUCCUUCGUGAAUGAAAUGUCGACGUUCAUCAACGAGACAUCUGGGAAGAAGACCCGGAUCUGGGGCACCUUUGAGCCAUCGAAUCACCUCACAAUCUCCAAGGACGUGGUCGUCCAGCACUGGCAAUACGGACAGUCGGACCCGGUGCAGCUGCAGGCUGAUGGAUACGAUGUGGUCAACACAGAGGACUGGUGGGCCUACAUGAGCCUCAAAAACGACCACAUGCCAGUUCUACCCGCCCCGUACCCGCAGUUCUUCAACGAGUCACGCAUCCUAAAUUUUGCCGCCCAGGGGGGGUGGCAGUGGCAGCCGGCUCUGUUCAAUCCCGUGAACGUCACUGAGCAGUUGGCCGACGGCGCGCGCGGAAACCGGGGCGCAAUCAUGGCGGCAUGGAACGACAAUGGACCCGACGCAACAACGCAGAUUGAGGCGUACUAUGCGAUGAGGAGAGGCAUUCCUCUUGUAGCAGCCAGGGCCUGGAACGGUGCCAGGGACCCCUCUCUAGAGGCGAGCACGAUCGAUGCCUCAAUCGACUUCCUGUCAGCCAAGGCGCCUGGCCAGAAUUUAGACAGGAGACUGCAGGGCCAGGAUGACAGCUCUAACGACGACGUGCUUGUAUCCUGGACGCGCGGCUCUGAAGUAGACACCAAUGCCGUGUCAUUAGGCUACGGCAGCAAGGGCAUGAACUACACGCUGACGCUUUCGGUGAUCGGGCCCUUCUCGCUGUCGUCAGACGACGUGAUCCUGACACUGUCAGAAGCAGGAAGCCUGGUGUUCCACUCGGACGGUGUUGAAUACCCCCUGCGGUCUGUCUCGGAGGACGACGGUUUUGAGGAGGCGCACCCGGGACGUAUCUGGGCCAAUGCCACGACCUCUUCGCACAAAACCGUGACGAUUUCCAUGCCGGCCGAGGUCACUGUGACCGGGGACACCAUCGGAGGGAGCCGGGUCUGGGUAGACGGGGCCUUCGUUGGCCGGUUCGAGGUGUUUGUGUUUGGCGGCAAGAACACCCUAUUCUCCUGGAGCCAGAUGGCGUUUGUCGCGCCCCUUGAGAGCCUCACCGGCGGUGUAGAGAGUCUGACGCUGCAGAAUGAUGUGAGCCCCCCGUCAAGUAGCGGCGAGGACGCCGAGCUGUCAACGAGCGGUGCGGCGGCCGGGCCUGAGAACCGACGACGGCUGGGUCGUGUGGCGGCUGGAGCUCUGGCUUGA